UUCUUUAUUACUUUUGGGUUUGCGGAAGACUAUCAUUUUUCUCAGAGGUGCCGGCACUGCUGAGGAGAAAUGUAUAUCAUAGAUUAAUCAAUCCCUUCUUAGAGCUACUUCAUUCUUUAUCCGCGAAAUUUCUCUUGGAACGCUUCGUUGAUUAUCAAUCGACACCUCCUUACCUCCACAGCAAAAUGGCCGGCGACGUCCUCUCCACCGUUCUCUCCUACGCCGGCUGGGCUUUUCUCCCAAGAUACGCAACUUCCUUCCUCCAAAACCUGUACUACCGCAUAACCAUUCGCGCCGGUGACCCUCACCCGGUCCCCUCUAGCCCGCGACACGCCCGCCAUUACCGCAGAAUCUACGUCGUCGUCGUAACCUCCUACCUCCUCUACACCCUUUACGAAGCCUACCACACACUCCGCGCUAAGGGCGACUUCUACCAACUACUAGGCGUGCUCCCCACAGACGAUGACCGCACCAUCAAAUCACGCUUCCGGCGUCUAGCCACCCUGCACCACCCGGACAAGCGCCAGAGCCAGCAGUAUAUUCUCAACAGUGACGGCACCGGUUAUGAGUCGCCCGAUGCGCUAUUUCUGCGACUGAGGUUGGCGCAGGAUACGUUGCUGGACCCCGUGAAGCGGUUUGCGUACGAUCGGUUUGGGCAGGAGGUGGUGGAAGGGUCUAAGGCGAAGACGAUGGGCGAGUUUCUGUUUGUGGGGUUGCGCGCGCUGUUGCCGCAGUAUCUAGGCGGGUUUGUCAUGAUGGUACUGAUGAAUCUGUUCUGGUUCUCGGCCUGGGGACGAUAUUGGCGCUUCUACAUCUUUUUCGCCCUCCUGACCCUCGAACUCGCCCUCCUCACCCACAAAAACGGCACCUUCAUGCCCGCCUCCUACCUACCCCCCUGGCUCUCCACCCUCCUCCAUCUAGACAUUUUCUACCUCCUCCCUUUCCAAACCCUCACCCUAGCCCGCAACGCCUCCAUGACCCUCAAUAUCUUCAUCUCCCAACUGACACCGCCAGACUCGUCGUCCUCCUCAGCAACAUCAUCAUCAAGUGCAGCAGCAGCAAGCAGCAACGGCGGGCUGACAGCGCAAACCCAGACGCAGCUGACGCAACUGAUGCAUCUUGCGCAGGUGAAUGAGGCGGAGGCGACGCGGUUGUUGCAGCUAGGGCUAGCGCCUUUUAAGGGAGAUAAGGAGAGUGUUGGGAAGUUGCGGCGGGGGAUGAAGGAAGGGCUGGUUUUGGGGUCUGUGAGGGAUGCGCCGGAGGUUAAGGAGGCGGUGAGGGUGGUUAUGGAGAGGUGGGCUGGGGUGGGGAUUUGAGAGGCAGGUUUUUCUCUCUCUCUCUCUCUCUCUCUUU